AUGUUAUACAAAAAUACAUUACCAAGAUUAGUUGGUUUCAACGGUUUCGAAUCAUUAGAGGAAUAGCUUCUGGCCUUCUUUACCUCCAUGGAGAGUGGGAACAAGUGGUUCUACACAGAGAUAUAAAACCGGGAAAUGUUCUUUUAGAUGCAGAUCUGAAUGGAAAAUUAGGAGACUUUGGGCUCGCCAGAUUAUAUGAUCAUGGUGGCAAUCCCCAAACCACCAAGCUGGUGGGAACUUUUGGUUACAUGGCUCCAGAGCUAAUGAGGACUGGAAAGGCAACUACUUGCACGGAUGUAUAUGCUUUUGGAGUUUUUAUGCUUGAGGUGGCUUGCGGAAAGAGGCCUCUUGAGCAAAACGGGUUGCCUGAGAGGGGGAAUUUGGUUUAUUGGGUGGCUGAUUGCUGGGAAAGAGGGUCGAUUCUUGAUGCUAGUGAUCCACAGUUAGAAAGUGUUUUUGCGGAGGAUGAAAUGAAGUUGGUGCUAAAACUCGGCCUCUUUUGUUGUUUCCGAAAUCCAGUAGGUCGGCCUACCAUGAGGCAGGUGAUGCAGUAUCUGGAUGGCGAUGUUGUGUUGCCAGAUGUACCAUCUACAAGCAAUAUAACCAGUCUAUUCACAGCAAAGAUGAAGCUCCGGACAAUGAGGUCGAGAUACCAUUUCCUUCAUUGUUUGGAAAUGCUUCUGUUGCCGCCGUGUCUACCACCGAUUCAAUCCUCGUUGUUGGUCGUUGAACCUUCAACUUCUUAUGCAAUGGAUGACUCCAGUGUUUUUGUUUCAAUAACUUGCAAGAUUGGAUAUGUAUGUUUUGUUUAGGUAAAACUUGUAUGAUGAGAGGAUCCUGAUCUUUGUUCAGAGCCUGUAAUUCAAAAUAUAUUUGAAUGUCUUAAAUUUUCCGUUGUCCUCUCUGAUUCUUUACAUAUUUAGGUCAACCUUGAGAUAGGUUUAAGAGUAUGAUGUUUUCUGGCGACCACU